GCCGUUCUCUUGUCGCGGCCUGAUAUACCUCUUAUGCCUCGCGAUCCAGCUGGAUUGGACAGCGACAAGUCCAUCUGGGCAAGCAGGGUCUUUCCUGUGACCGAACUACGCAAAAAUCGCCAGCAGUGGGUACGUGAUUGGGACAAAGGGAUCGCCAAGGCCAUAUGCUCGGUCGAACCACAGGAGAACUUCAAUGGGGCCAUCUUCAUCUUCGUCUGCACAUCUUGUGCUCUGUUCGGGACCCAGCUACGCCGCGGGAGUGUGGAUCAGGACGACUACCAGGCCCUCUGCGAGCUCAGGGCAGAAAACGACAAGCUUCGCGACGGUGUUAUGGCCAUACUGAGGGCUGGACAGGACACAAGGAUCAGUCGCAGUGAUCAUCGCGAGUGGUUCGCUCUAGUCAGUCCAGAAACGCGGAGGGAGAUUGUUUGCGAAGGCUUCGAGGAGGCAUGCUGGGAAUCUCCUUGCGGCCAGGACGGCCGCGUCUUGUGCCCCGAGCUAAUCUCUGUCGACCUUCUCAAACAGCGCGGCCAAAAUCUAUUCGAUUUCUUUGAGCGAUGUCGUCGCGCAUCAGAUGAAGGCGGUCUGGAGAAGUUCGACAACGAUAUCGUGAGGACCGGUUGGUGGAGAAGCGCUUUUGGAAACGGCGAGGUCCUGGAAAACACCACGCUGGAGAUAAACAAGUUCGCGUAUGACUACGUCACCCGCAUCCGAUCCCAGUUUAUUCUUAACUUCAUCUGGGGCUCAUACUACGCCCUGGUUCGUAGAUGCGAAGACACUCAGAAUCGGGCAAUCGACAACAUUGUCGCUACCCGGAUUCUACGGAACAUUGGGCGAGAACAAACUCUGCGGAUCAUGAACGCGAAGUGGUUCAAGCAUCGCUUGGUACUUCCCUGCGAAAACUGUCGACGCAAGCCUGGCGAGGUUGGAACGAAGUUCAUGAGCUGUAGCCCAUGCAAGCGUAAGCUCAACUUUGACGUCCGCUACUGUUCAAAAGAAUGUCAGAAAGCCAACUGGCCCAUGCACAAAGCCCAUUGCGGCAGAGAGAAGAUCUCGAGGAAUCGGGAAGAGUGGGUUCCCGAGUACAACUUCUCUAUGGCAUUGCAGCUCCAGAUUAAGAUGCAGGUCGAUUUCCAGGAAACCGACUACGUCCUGUUUAGGCGCCAAGCCGUGCCCUUGGGACACAAGGUGACCUACAGCGACCCUGGAAAGCGGGAGGUGUUUGGCGAUGCUCUCAGGCUUCUCUGGACAGCUGCAGACAAAGAAGGUAUCGAUGUCGUUGCCAAAUGCCUCGUGGGUGCGGUAGAUACGGACGAGAGCGUCCAAUCUAGUAUUACGAGGGACGACGUCAUUGCCCAGCUCACUGAAGAGUACGGGGUCGACGUGCGAUCUGCACUGGAAAGCUUGGAGGCUAAGCUUGUGAUGGAGGAUGAGGAGGAGAGGUAUGCAGGCAUGCUUAUUGGCCACCUCGUCGACCCCGACGAGGUCGACAGAUUACUUGCAGAGCGACGGGCACAGGAACCUAAACACGAUCUGGAGGCGAUCAAGAAUGACUAUCUGAAGCACGUGAAGUAGCCCUCCAUUUAUUUACUGACUCGCGUACAGGCCUAACGAUACCAUACCAAAACGCUGAUUUACGCAUUUUGAUAGCGACACCUCCGUCUUAACUUACCAAAGGUAUCAUACAUCCCAGCCGACCUUUACCUAUCAUAACUGCGAGAACAUCUUGCGUCGAUCGCCGAGUCGUAGGUCCCACGAUCAUAACACCAACGGUAUGUGAACCCACUCCUCGAGUGCCGAGACUUUCAUAGGCGCUUUCGUCGGAGGCGAUUCGUUCGUGGUGAGUGCUGCUUUCUAUGAGUGUGUGCGGGACGACGGCCGCCGAAACACGCGGCAGCCGCAGAUCAUGUGAAGAAAACCCUUUGCUCACAGCUCUCACGUCCAACUCACUCACACCCUUCGCUUUCACGGAAAACCAGCUUACCGUCCACUCCAACAUUGCGUCAAUGGCAUGCAAUGAUGGCGUCGGACCCGCUCAUCAACGCCUACCAUAACGUUGGCUGCAUGACUAUCUUAAACUGCGUCAUAGACCAAGUAAGCACGACAUGAUCGAUUGAUCUGUGGCCAGCCAUUCGGGGACAAUCUCAUUCCCAGACUUGAGCUUGAAGCUUGAAGUCCGGGCCGACUUCCUGUGUAUGGAGGGGACAAGAGGGGACAAGUCCAACCUGCCUUGGAACUCCGCUUUCGUCACGACGCUCGUCUCUCAUCCAAUCGCGGUGGAAAGUCAGGCUCAGCCGGAAUGACAAUGUCAAUCAGAAAAUGGGACUAACUUUAGCUCCCCCACGGGGCGGAUAUCAAGCCCAUGACUACCAGCGCUUAGUUGAACCUCAAGCGCAGUACGUCUUGCGAAAGGCUAAACUCCAGGCCCGCUCACGCGCCAAUUGCGCCUGACCGCUUCCACCACUCUCAUCUUGAAAUAACCCACACCUAUAGUUCGGCGGCACAGAGCAGAUCCAUUGCUUCUCUCGUUCCUCUCUUAUCUCAAGUUUCUCACUACGCAGACACGUCAGCUUUACGCGUAUGUGCUAUCACCGCGUCCAAGUAGGCGGUUAUAGUAAGGACACGUCUUCUACAGAAGCCACCCCUUGCUAGGAGCUGCUUCGAGCACAGUGCAAAGACGAUAAUAGCGCGGCGUAUGAAGUAUGGUCAUGGAGCUCUACUCCGAUGAUACACCCGGGCCGCCGUCGACCGCUUUCGUACCGUCAUAUGAUGCUCCUGCGUGCCCUCUGCUUCUUCGGCGUCCUCUACCGCUCCGUGCCUAGAUGGGAGAGGUACUUAAGCUCGCGUGUAGACUGAACGGGAACUUCUCGUUCUCUCAGACUCUUGUCUUCAUCAUGGCUCGAGAUGUACCGGUCAGUCCUAGAGCAGUGUUGCUCGCCAUCUUUAUUGCGUUUGGUGGCUUCUUGUUUGGCUAUGACAUGGGUGUCAUUUCGGGAUGCCUCAUCAUGCCUGACUUCAUGCGCCGCUUCGGUACCGUAGAGGCCGACGGAACACCAUACCUGUCGAGCACCAGACAGUCUGAGAUCGUGUCCCUUCUAUCAGCCGGAACAUUCAUUGGUGCUUUGGCGCAGGCUUUUACCGCUGAUCGUCUCGGCCGCCGGGGUUCGAUUCUCUUUUGGUCAGGGAUCUUCACCGCCGGUGUAGCCAUCCAGACUGGCACAACUUGGUCGCUCGCCCAGUUGUUGAUUGGCCGAUUCAUCGCCGGGCUCGGCGUUGGUUCUUUGUCAGCCAUUGUGCCACUGUAUAACGGUGAGACGGCUCCAAGAGCUAUUCGAGGCACCAUCUUGGUUAUUUACCAGGUGCAAAUUAUCAUGGGGAUCUUCUUGAGCUACCUCUUCGAGUUGGGAACCCACCGUCUGAAUGGCUCGGCUUCAUGGCGCAUUCCUGUCGGACUGCAGAUGGUCUGGGGACUCAUCUUGCUCUCUGGAAUGUUCUUCCUCCCCGAAUCACCUCGUCACCUGCUCGGUAACAACCGUGAGCAAGAAGCACGCGAAGUCGUUGCCGAUCUGAAUAGCGUCCCUGUCGACGACCCUUUGGUCACUGAGAUUGUCGAGGAGCUGGCUGAAGCCAUCCGCGCGGAGAACGAGGGAGGCGGAGUGGGGUGGCUUGAGUGUUUUUCGCCCAGGAACUCGAUGUGGAAGCGUACCAUCAACGGCAUGAUGCUGCAGUUCUUGCAACAGCUGAACGGGCAGAACUUCUACUAUUACUACGGAGACACAUUCUUCGAGAUGGCUGGAGCUGGCCUUUCGCCGUAUGUCAUCCAGACCAUCCUCGGCGCUGUUUCGGUCGCAGGAACCGUGCCCGCGAUGUUCUUCAUCGAGUAUUGGGGUCGUCGCAAAUCCCUACUCUAUGGCGCCUUCUUCCAAUCCUUCUGCGCCAUCAUCGUGGCUCUCGUCGGGCACUACACCCUCGCACCGGAAGGCACGCCCCUGGCCCAGCUUACGUCUCGAAACCGGUCCGGCGGCGACGUCGUGAUCGCGUUCGCGAUCAUCCAGGUCUUCUUCUACGGCACGACGUGGGGCCCGACGCCAUGGGUGUACCUCGGCGAGUCCUUCCCGCUGCGCGUGCGGCCCAAGUCGAUCGCCCUGGGAAGCGCGACGAACUGGUUCUGGAACUUCAUGCUCUCGUUCUUCUCACCGCGCAUUACCGCCAAGAUCGGGACGAUGAUUCUGAUGGUGUUCUUUGGGUGCCUCGUGUUCGCGUUCUUCUACGUCUACUUCGCCAUCCCAGAAACGAAGGGGCUCACACUCGAAGAGGUCGACGAGCUGUACCGUUCUGGCGUUCUACCGUGGAAGUCGGAGGGCUGGAAACCGGCGUCGAAACGGGUUCCUCGUGCCAAAGAGGUUGUGGAGAUGCACGAGAAGGCCUCUGAAGAAAACGAUGCUGUGUAAAAGAGACUCAAUGUGAUACUACACACGAUGUAUCGCUAGACACUACGCUAGCUAUGUAUGAUCGCACUAACCGUUGCGAAUGACAUGGAGUUGUGACAUAGUGGACAUCAGUUAUAUAUCCUGAGAGAGCAAGAACACUAACAACCUACGAAGAACCGUCUGGAUCAUCAUCCCCAUUCCCAGACGCAUCCGCCUCCUCGCCGUUCUCCUCCUUCCCAUUCUCCUCACCCUUCGCAAGCCAGCUCUCCCACUCCCUAAGCACCCGAUCCAGCUCGUUCUCCUCCCCCGCUUUGUCAGCAUGCCCAUUCUGCACUAGCGGCGGCGGCCCGCUCCCAUCCACAGGCCACACGGCCCUCACGGACCGCCACUCCCUCUCGCCAUACACACCCUCCACAACCGCCCGCCGCACAAACGGCACCAGCACACGCGCGAACGCAGCCCCGGCGGCUCUGUACACCUCCCGGUCCUCCCACGGCAUCCCCUCCCCUCCUCCUCCUCCUCCUCCCCUUCCUCCCUCGUUCCCGCUGGAGUCGCCAUGUUGAGCGGCGACGACGCGCUCGCGCUCCAACACGUGCCCGAGCAUCUCCUCGCCCGCACGGUGCAGCGCGGACUCCGCGAUCCCGAGGACGCGGGGGAGCGCCGAGUGCGGCGCGAGCGCACGCAGGCGGUUGAGCGCGGUGAGGUGCGCGUUGAGGUGCGCGGCGAGGGGCGGGAAGCGCACGAGGAUCGGCGGCGGGGUGUGUGGUGCGUCUAAGGCCGCGUCUGAAUCUGGGUAGAGUAGUGAGGAGAGCGGGGGCGGGGACGGGUGCGAUCUGGCGAGGAGCCAGG